AAGGCGGCGGGCCCCCAGAGCGAGUCGGGCCACCGAACGGAAAUCUGUCCCUCCGCACCCUCUCCCUUGUCUCUCUCUCAUCUCUGUUCCCGAGGUCAGAGGAUGCCCGGGGGUUUCGAGGCGGCCUUGCUCUUGGCGGCCUGCUUCUCCGCCGCUGCUUUUUCCCACCGCCUCACCGCCCAGGAAGAAGGAUGGCUUCCACCGCCCCCGACUUCUGUCCAAGGCGGAGCCCACCAACCGCCUCAGGAGACACAGCAGCCCUUCUCCGUAGCCUCGCAGAUGAUCGUUCAGACUACAAGAGACAAACGCGUUUUUGACGUACCCCAGAUAGAAUGUCCUACAUCGGCUGAGGAGGACGUUGAGAGGUUCGCGUGCCCUACCCCAGACAGAAUGGGACGAUACAGAUGUAUAAACGACCACGUGUUGUGCGACGGUUUCAUUGACUGCCCAAGCGGGGAAGAUGAAGACCGGCAAGCCUGCAUGUUUUACAGGACGACAAAAGCUCAUUUGGACAUUUUGGCAGAUGCACUACUGAGGUGGGCGCGAGGGCGCUAGUCCUCAGAAGCUGCUCAUCAAGCGCCAAACACCCUGUACAUAGCAUUCCCCCCCUCACCGUGUAAAAUAGCACCCUCAAGAAAAAAA